AUUUUUAAAUUCUUUUUUCCUCGUAUCAUUUAUACAGAAGUACAAAUUUCGUCCCUGAUUUUUUUAAGACAUGCAGAAUUUUGACAAUUAUUUUUUAAUGAGUUUCAGUUUUCGGAUAUGAUGCUAGAUGUCUCCUAGAAACGGGUUUGCUUGUACUGUUGAGUAUGUCGACAAAUUUACUGUCGAGAUUAUGUCUUCUCAACGUACACCGUCAGUAUUUUACCGUGUUCCCGAGCAAACGACUCGUCAUUAUCAUGGCAAAUGCACUUUGUCCAACCCAGCCUUCAUUGGGCCAAGAAUGGCAACAAUAAACAGUUCGGUAGUUGUAACUUAUGAACAAUCUCAAAAAGAGAGCACUGUCGUUAAAGACGAAGUCUGGAGAAGCUCAUGUUGUAAAGAGAGAUGUCAACAAAUAAAAUGGGAGAAAAAUUGGGGAUUCCUUGCAAAAUUCGACCAAACGGGUAACCAUAGAGAGCCGAAGGAAUUAAGUAGCAACGCAAGAUCAACAUACUCCAAGACAGUUCCAAAUACAUCAAACGCUCGCUAUGGCCUGAGAACUAGAUAUACAAACUAUAUUAACAAACUGGAGAGCUCUUGUCGCCAAAAUCUCAAGAAGGACAAUGACCUUUUGCUGUACGAUUGAUAAUGACAAAACACAGACGAUUUCGAUGAAGUUUUUUUGUACUAUAUCUUUGCGGUCCAAAUGAGGUUUUAAACAACAAGAUUACACUAAAUAUCUCACAAAUCGACGUACGAUUUAGCCAAAAUUAUCAUAUCUAUAUAGCUAGAUUGUCUGUUUUUAUGCAAUAUAACUCACCUCACAUAAUAAAUAGAAAUACACAAAGUAUCUUUAAAUACUAGUUAUCAUUAAGCAUGUAUCCUUAUAUGUAUCACUUGCUCAUGCAUACCUGCAAAUCUGAAACUUGACAAUAUAAAUCAAAUUCUUAUACUUUUUCUUCUUAGUUUACACAUAUCACGAUGAUUUAAAAUAAAUUGAACAAGAUCUUUA